ACUGACAUGUAGACUACUCCUACUCGGACAUCAGCUAUUUUAACACACUUUUAUUUAAUCCACAAAUAUUUUUUGUGCAAAGGGAAUGCCAAGUCUGGUACAGCAUGCAUCUCACUGCCUAUCAAGGAAGAUAGGACAGUCCAUAGGCUCUUAAUUCCUACCCUGCACUAAAUUAAACCGAGGGGACGAUUAUGCCAUUAUAGCUGACAACUUCAUCAGUAAACCGCAAGUCACUGCUCCUUUGAGAACUGCCUUGAACCAUGGAAGACCCAUAUCAAAAUAAUGUCAACCAGCAAUACACAGAGGGUGGAGGUGGAGAAUACACCUACACGCAACAAGAAGGGGGUGGCAGCGGCUACCCCUACCAGACAGACUACCCACCUCAAGAGGAGGAUGCAAGGAGCGAUGCCACAGAGGGUGCAGACGACGAUGACCAGAUGUAUGAAGGAGAGUACCAGGGCAUCCCGCACCCUGACGAGAUCAAGGAAGCCAGGAGAGCAGCCAGGAUAGAGGCCCGGAGGAAAGCUCGUUUGGCAGCUCAGCAGGAGGAGGUGGAGGAGGAGAACCUGCCAGAGCAGUACGAGAGCAUCAUGGAGGACUGUGGACAUGGGCGCUUCCAGUGGAUGCUGUUUGUGGUCCUGGGACUAGCUCUGAUGGCAGAUGGGGUGGAUGGCUUUGUGGUGGGCUUUGUCAUGCCCAGUGCUGAGAAGGACAUGUGUAUAUCCAACGCUGACAAAGGGCUGCUAGGUCUCCUGGUGUAUGUGGCCAUGAUGGUUGGAGCACUGGUGUGGGGAGGUCUAUGUGACAAAAUGGGAAGGAGAAAGUGUCUGAUCUAUGUUCUGUCCAUCGACCUGGUCUUCUCUUUCCUCUCAUGUUUUGCUCAGAGCUACGGCUUCUUCCUCUUCUUCAGGUUCUGCUCAGGGUUUGGCAUUGGGGGCUCUAUUCCCAUCGUGUACACCUACUUCACUGAGUUCCUUCAGAUGGACAAGCGAGGAGAACAUCUGAGCUGGCUCUGCAUGUUCUGGAUGCUGGGAGGCUUGUAUGCUUCAUUCAGUGCCUGGGGCAUCAUCCCUCACUAUGGUUGGGGAUUCGCUAUCGGCUCAGAGUUCCAGAUGCACAGUUGGCGUUUGUUCAUCCUGGUGUGUCUGUUCCCUGCUCUGGCUGCUCUGGUCGGAGUGGUAUUCAUGCCAGAGAGCCCCCGGUUCCUCCUGGAGAAUGCUCGGCAUGAUGAGGCAUGGAUGAUUCUGCGCCAGGUUCAUGACACUAACUGGAAAGCAAAGGGAGAGCCUGAGAGAGUCUUCACUGUGACAAACAUCAAGACUCCUCAAACUCAGGAGGAUGAGUUCAUCGAGAUUCAGAGUGACACAGGGACAGCCUUCCAGCGCUGGUCUGUGCGGCACAUGACCAUGUUGCAGCAGGUGAUGGCCAACAUCAUGUCCCUGUCCGCCCCUGAGCUCAGACUGCAGGGCCUCUUCUUGGUUAUCGUGUGGUUUUGUUUGGCUUUCAGCUACCAUGGCCUUGGGGUGUGGUUCCCUGAUAUGAUCAAGUACAUGCAGUAUGAGGAGUACGAGUCCAAAGUGAAGGUCUUUCACAGAGAGCGAGUAGAGCGUUUCCACUUCAACUUCUCUUUAGUUAAUCAACUGCACCGUGAAGGAGAGUACAUUCAUGACAAGUUUGCAAACAUUGAAAUUAAAUCUGUGAAGUUUGAGGACUCUCUGUUUGAGAACUGCUACUUCGAGGACAUCAAGUCAACAAACACUUUCUUUGAAAACUGCACCAUUAAAAACACAGUAUUCUACAACACAGACCUCUGGCAGGAGAAAUUUAAAGACUGUCGAAUGGAGAACACUACUUUUCUCCAUCCAAAGAAAGGCUGUCAUCUCAACUUUCAGGAGGAAAAUGACAUUGUCAUCUAUUUGGUCAGCUUCCUGGGAAGCUUAGCGGUGUUGCCUGGCAACAUCAUAUCAGCCCUGUUCAUGGACAAGAUAGGAAGGAUUCGAAUAAUAGGUGGUUCUAUGCUGGCGUCUUCAGCUUGCACCUUCCUCCUGCUGCUCAGCUUCAGUCAGGGUGCUGUAAUAUGUUGGCAGUGUCUGUUCUACGGAGCCAGUGUGGCAGCAUGGAAUGGAUUAGAGGUCAUUUCUGUAGAGCUGUACCCCUCUGCAAAAAGAGGGACAGCUUUUGGUAUUCUGAAUGGCAUCUGUAAGUUUGCAGCCAUUAUAGCCAGCUUCAUCUUUGCAGCAUUCAUCGGUGUCACUAAGAUUAUUCCCAUCCUCAUGGCCUUCUCUGCUCUCGUCUGUGGUGGUCUGUUGGCUCUGAAGCUGCCUGAAACCAGGGAGAAAAUCCUCUCUUAGAAUACUCAUGAAAAGCCAACUGGUGCAGUGUCUAGGCCCAAAACACUCUACCCUACUAUAUUUAGUAGGAGAGUAUUGAAGGUGAAAAGAAAGAUAUAUUUUUGAAUUUGUCAAAGCCUGUCUGGUUGCCUACAUGGACCUGUGGAUGCUUUCUGUUUCGCUAUGAGCUCCUCAGGCUGACUUUCUUUUGCUCCCAAAACUUACUGUACAUAAAAUAACAUGGUGUUAGUCUGUCCCAUACACUAGUUUUUUGUUGCUAUGUGAAUGGAGCUCAA